AUGUACCGUAGCAUUGGCUGCAAACCUGAAAGCCAGUGUGGGGUUCAUUCCCUCAGCAUUCAACCUGUCUGUGGAGCACAGCAUCCUCUGCUGGAUCUCCGGCUCACUCAUAAAAGUAAAUUCAUCAGGGACUGCUCCAAGGCCAAUGCGUUGCCUAUGAAAAGCAAGAAGGCCUCCAGCUUUCACGAGUUUGCCUGCAACACCAGUGAUACCUGGGACAUCGGUGAUGAUGAAGAUGAGGACUUCUCUUCCUCCUCUUCUUCUUUGCAGACUCUGAACUCUAAAGUGGUUGAGGCCACAGCAGCCCAGGUCCUGGAGAACCACAGCAAGCUGCGGGUGAAACCGGAGCGGGCCCAGUCUGCUCUCAGCGACGUGUCCACCACCAAGUCCAGCAGUGAGGCCCAGCUCUCCAGGACAGCUGAGGAGGCCUGUGUUGGACCCCUUCGGAAGCAGCAGUCCCUUCCCCUUCGGCCCAUCAUUCCACUCAUCGCCCAAAUCUCUGACCAGAGCGCUUCGGGUGCUGCCCCCGUGACACUGAGGGAGAAAACCCACCCGGAGAAGUUUUGGCAGCUCCCUUCCAGCCACAGCAUGGACCUGGAUGAGCUGAGGAAAUGCAGCUGGCCCGGUGUGCCCGGAGAGGUCUGGCCCGUGAUGUGGUGUCUCCUCUCAGGUUAUCUCCCUGCAGACAUGGAGCAGUGAAAGAUGACCCUGCAGCCCAAGUGGGAGGACUGCUUCAGCUUCAUCCAGCUGUGUUACCAUUCCUGGGACGAGGAGCACCAUCAAGACACCUACCAACAGAUCCACAUCGAUAUUCCAAGGACCAACCCAUUCAUCCCCCUCUUCCAGCAGCUGGUCAUCCAGGAGAUCUUUGAAAGGAUCCUGUUUAUCUGGGCCAUUCAACACCCAGCCAGCAGCUGUGUGCAGAGAAUCAAUGACCUGGUCAUUCCUUUCCUUGUUGGGCUCCUCUCUGAGUAUGUUGGUUGGGGCCCUGUGGGCACCCUUGGCUGAGUGCUAAGAACAGAGAUGGGAGAUGCACAUGUGGUGUGCUCUGCCUGGAAAGACUGCUCAUCCCAGUGAGUAAAGUGACCGGUCCUUUGCAGGUCAGGGUGUGACUCAGGCUCCAAGGUGCUUCUCAGCAGGAAUGACCCAGCUAGCCAAAUAGGAACCUUAAAAUGUGGUGGAUGCCACGUGCAUUCUGUUAGCUGGGAGAUGUGUAUCCGGUGGGUCAAUUUUCUUUGAAAAGACUCAUGUUUAAAGAAGUCUAUAAUUUCUGAAAACCACAUACAAUUGCUUUGGCGUUC